AUAAAAUUAUAAACUUUAAUUCAAUUCAUAUUCAUCAUGUCCGAUAACCAAGAUCAAGAAAGAUUCGAAUCGAUUGAUGAACUUGAACAAAAUAAAUCCAAAUGGAAUCUAAUUUCUGAUCUAAAACUUUUAGGAUUGAUAAAAAAUACUGGUGAUGGAUUUCUAAACAAAAUUCGACAAAGUUUACUUGAAAUUGAUGAUCUAUCUUAUAAAACAAAUACCUCUGCAAAUAAAAUCAAUAAUCUAAUAACAAGUAUUUUAAUAUUGACCAAUGUUAAAUUUAUUGAAAAUCGUGUUUAUGAUGAAGAUAUUAAGGACAUUACUUCAAAAACGAAUAACAUUGAUUUAAAUCGAAUCACUUCAUCCACGACUACUGUCAUUCAGCCAACAACAAAAGAUGAUGAUGGAGAAGAAAAACAACUUAUAAAUCGACUAGAAAAUUCCAUUGAUGAUGCCUUAAAAAGAUUAAUUUCGAAAUACAAAAUUUCUUCGGAAGAUUUUAAUGAAAACAAUAGCUAUAAUCUUCUGCACAAAUUAUAUUCACAAAAAAAUCUAUUUGCACAUCGAAAUCUACCUUAUAUAAUCGGAAGUGAUGAAUAUUUGAAAGAUACAUUUGUUGGAAUGAAAACAGAUGAUAGUCAUUUGGACACUGUGAUAAACCUAACCAAUAGAUCAGAGACAUUGAUUGAUAAUAAUCAGGAUAUUAUUGAUCAUGCUGCGAAUACCUUGUUGGAUGGUUAUGAGGAACAAAAAUUUCAGCAAUCUUUUUCCAGCGAUCAUAAUGUUGAUCAGGAAAUAACCAAUGUUCCAAGUACUUCGAAACCAUUCGAAUCAGUGGAAAAUUUGAUUGGAAUUCGAAAUCAUUCGAAUAAAGAUCCAUUAUUAGCUGAAAGUAGUGAAGAUGAUGAUGAUAUUUUUGUUCGACCAAACCUGACCCAUAAGCCUAUAGUAUUCGAUGAACCUGAUGAUAUUGAUGAUGAUAAUCUGUUUCAUACAGCUUCAAUAUCUUCAUCACAUGACGGCAGUGUUUCUGCAAAAGAUUUGCCAAAACAGACCAAUGUUCAAAGUGAAAAUAAUCAGGAAAAAUCAAAAAUCCAACAACAACAUAGUAACAAUGCGGAAAAAAUUCUCAAUUUUGAUGAUGAUUCUGAUGAAGAUGAUAUAUUUAGUUCGUCAAAAAUUAGUCGAAAAUCUGCCUUAAAAACUACUUUAAAUCAAUCGAUAUUCUCUUCCGAUGAUGAUGAUGAUGAUGAUCUAUUUAAUCAAUUAAUUUCAAAAGUGCCCAAUAAUAAUAAAUCGGAAAAACAUUCAGAUGCUAAUUCGCUGAUAAUUAAUGAAAUUGUUGAUGAUUCAGUGUCAGAUCCAAUAUUGAUUUCUACCGGAAAAAUUCAAUCAAAAUCUACAUUUUCUUCUAAUAUGAUCAAAGAGCUUAAUUCUGUUUUGCAAAGUAAAGUUUUAUCGUCCGAACAAACGACGACCAUUCCUUCAUCAUCAUCAUCUGCUGCUGCUGUUUCGAUUCCCGAAAAGAAAGAUGACAACAUUCAAAUAAUCGAUACAAAAGAUGAAUUAAAUUCAAUGCUUAAACAUAAAGCAUCGUUAGGUUCUAAUCGUCAACGUAAACCACCAACAAGAAAUGCACUGAAAGCUUCGCUUUCAAAUUCUCAAUCAUUAUUCAAUGAUGAUGUUGUUGAGGAUAAAAAUUUGAAAAAACCAAAUUCACCAAUUACGAAAGAACCUGAUCGAAUAAUUAUAACGAAUGAAAAAAUUGAACCAAAAAUGCCUUUGCAAAAUUCAUCUCACAAUAAUUCUGUGCUACCUAAAACAAAAUCUAAAUCUUUAUUCGACUCAUCGGACAGUGAUGAUGAUAUAUUUAAAGGACCAAAUCUAUUACGAAACCAACAACAAAAAUCCGUUACAACAACAAAAAAGACAAGCAUUCUUUUUCAAUCUGAAAGCGAUGAUAAUGAUGAUGAGCUAUGUUUUCCUGCAUUUCAAUCAUCAAAACUUUCAAAAGUGCCAAAAAUUGAAGAAAAACAUUCAGAAAAUAUAAAAUCUCAACAACAACAAACAAUGAAAAGCAAGAAGAAAAGCAUUUUCGAUGAUGAUAGCGAUAGUGACGGUAAGAAUAUUGAUUGA